CGUCACAGGCUCAGUUUGAGGCUGCGCAGUAACGCGGGAUCUGACUGUCCAUUUCUUUAACUGUCUAUGGACAAUACUCGGUACUUACCGGUCACAUGGAGAAACGACAGCAGAUGAAAGAUUCUCUGCAGCUCUGCAUAGACAGACAUAAAGACGAGCUGCACAGUUUGAGUCUGGACAUUUGGAGCCGACCGGAACUUGCCGGAAACGAGACACACGCGCACGACAGGCUGGUCCGCUUUUUUUCUCAGGACCAGACAUGGACGGUAGAAAGUCAUUACAAAUUACCGACAGCAUUCCGGGCCAGCUGGGGUACAGUCGGUGGCGGGGAGGGGCAGCAGCAGCCGGGGCUGAACGUGGGGUUCUUAUGCGAGUACGACGCGCUUCCAGGCAUCGGGCACGCGUGCGGGCAUAACCUGAUAGCAGAGGUGGGAGCUGCCGCUGCUCUGGGGCUGAAAGCUGCAUUAGAGAACCAGACUGAUCUCCCUGAACCAGUGAAGAUAACAGUUCUAGGAACACCUGCAGAGGAGAAUAUAGGAGGCAAAAAUCAAUUGAUCAAGGCAGGAGCCUUUGCUGACAUCGACCUUGUCUUUAUGGCUCACCCAGCUCAGCAAGAUGCUUCUUUCCUGCCCUGUGUCGCAAUCAAUGAGGUGUCAGUGAAGUACCAUGGGAAGGCAUCUCAUGCUUCUGCAUACCCUUGGGAGGGAGUGAAUGCCCUGGAUGCUGCUGUGCUGGCUUACAACAAUCUCUCUGCACUCAGACAGCAACUCAAACCAGAGUGGAGGCUUCACGGCAUCAUCAAACAUGGAGGUGAGAAGCCCAACAUUAUCCCUGCCUACACUGAGCUAGAAUUUUAUCUGCGUACCCCGCUGGUUAAGGAUCUUUGUGACCUGAAGGCCAAGGCUGAGGCUUGCUUCAGGGCAGCUGCCGUUGCCACCGGCUGCCAAGUGGAGAUAAUCUAUCCAACCGACUGCUAUGAUAGCAUUCUGCCAAAUGCCACACUGGCAAACCUGUAUGAAAAUAAUGGAAAAGCUUUGGGGAUUCAGUUUCCAGAGCAGCCAGCCAACUUCUCUGGUUCUACAGACUUUGGCAACGUAUCAUUCAUAGUCCCCGGCAUCCAUCCUUUCUUCUACAUCUGCACCGACGCGUUUAACCACACUGAGGAAUACACCGAAGCAGCAGGAGCUGAAAAGGCCCAGUUGUUCACCCUGAGGACAGCCAAAGCCCUGGCUAUGACAGCUGUGGAUGUGGUGUGCUGCCCUGUUCUGCUGAGGCAAGUGAGAGAGGACUUUAGACUGGCCAAACUGAAACAUGAGUAAUGACUAGAAAGCAGUGAUACAGCCUUGACAGUUCAUACAUACAUUGACUUUAAUAAUAAAUAUAGGACAGGGGCUUUACCUCAAGAGCACAUAUUGGCUAGCAGCAAUUCCAACAGUUUGUAUGGUUACCGGUAGUUUGUAUGGUUAAAGGAUAGAGCUGUAAAACAAGAAAUUAACAAGGGCCUCUGCAAAUCUCAAAUACCUCCAUUAAGUUGGACAAGCUCAUUCCCAAUAGACUAGAAAUGGUGUUGUCAACUGGUGCUUGCCAAGGUUCGAUGCCAACUUAGGUGUGGUACCCAUUGACUGUAAAAUGAAUGGACAGACAGACGGGUUCGGCGAUGUGCUGAAAAUGCGGAAGUGCCUUAAACAUUCUAUCUGAAUUCCAGCAG